CAGUCAGACUGGUCCAGUGCAUCAGUAUCACUGAUCUCAGACAGUCUGAGAGCACAUCUGAGAAACAUCAACAUGAAGAAUCUCUUAAUACUCUUCUGUUCUUUGAUCCUGAGCGGUGUGUUUGGUGCUGAUGAAAUGAAUGUGUCAGUGAUGGAGGGAGAAUCUGUCACUCUUCCCAUUAACCCUGCUGAUAUAAAGAGAGCUUCUAAUCUGGAGUGGACGUUUAAAGACACAAUUAUAGCAAAGAUUGAUAUAGAGGGUAAAGAUAGACCCGCGGAAUACCCCGAUGAGAGAUUCAGAGACAGACUGAAGCUGGACCGUCAGACCGGAUCUCUCACCAUCACACACAUCACAUCUGAACACUCUGGAGUGUAUCAGCUACAGAUCAGAGGCAGCAGAGAGAUGAAAAAGACAUUCAGACUUUCUGUCAGUGAACUGGAGCCAUUAUCAGUGAAUGAGGGCGAUUCUGUCGUUCUGCACACUGGUACAGAAACACAGACAGAUGAUGUGAUACGGUGGAAGUUUGAAGGCACUGUCAUAGCUCAAUUCAACAGAAUGUCAAAUUACAUCUCAUAUGAUGAUCCUGAUGGGAGAUUCAGAGGCAGACUUGUUCUGAAUGAUCAGACGGGAUCUCUCACCAUCACAGGCAUCAGAUCUGAAGACUCAGGAUUGUACAAUCUAAACAUGAAUAACAACAAAAACAUCAUUCACAAGAGAUUCAAUGUCACUGUCACUGAAUCCAGUCAGAGGUCACACUGGGAAAUAACGGUUGCAGGAAUAUUGGUUGGAGUCGUCCUGGGGUUUAUUAUGUUUGGUGUUUCAUUAAUUAUAUACAAGCGUUGCAGAAGGGUUCAACCUCUCCAACACCAUGGUCCAGACCAAAUAGGUUUUAAAGGAUGUCAGCGACAAGAUUGGAGACCUGCACAAACCUUGAAUAGGCUACAGACAGAAGCUUGGUGAGAAGGAGACAACUGUUGGUGUGAUUAUUUGGAAAUAGAAGAUAUACAAAAUAACUAUCAAAUGCCCUUGUUCUGGAGCUCCCUGCAAUAUUUCCCCAAUGGGGUAAAGAUGAUCAUGAGAAAUGUUAAAGAUCAGCCCAGAACUACACGGAAGAAGCCUGUUAAUGAUUUCAAGACAGUUGGGAACACAGUUAGCAAGCAAAACAUUGGUAACACAUUGGUAACACGCUAUGCCACAGUAGACUGAAAUCCUGAAGCACCCGCAAGGUCCUCCUGCCCAAGAAGGCCCGCCUGGCUCGUCUUAAGUUUGACAAUGAACAUAAAAAUGAUUCAGAAAAGGCUUUGGCGAAAGUGCUGGCACUGCUGUGAGACCAAAAUGGACUCCUGUGUUUGGAGGGAGAGAAAUGCUGACUAUGAGCCCAAGAACAUCAUGUCUACAGAGAAGCACAGUGUUGGAAACAUUCUGCUUUAGGGCUUUUUCUCUGCUACAGGUAUACAGGAUGACUUCACCGCAUUGAGGGGCUGAGGGACGGGCCCAUGUACCGUAAAAUCUUGGACGAGAACCUCCUCCCCUUAACUAGGUCACUGAAGAUGGGUCAUGGAUGAGCCUUUAACAUGACAAAGACGCAAAACAUAUUGCCAAGACAACCAAAUAGUGGCUUAAGGAGAAGCACAUUAAAUGUCCUAGCCAGUCUCUAGACCCUAGUCCUAUAGAACCUCUGUGAAGGAGGCUAAAACUCCAAUUUGCUGAGCGACAGCCAAGAAACCUUAAAGAUUGACAGAGGAGUGGACUAAAUGUAUCCGGACACAUGUGCAAACCUGGUGACCAACUAUCAGAAAUGUCUGACCUCUGUGCUUGCCAACAAGGGUUUCUCCACAAAGUACAAAGUUAUGUUUUGCUUGGGGAUCAAAUACUUAUUUCACUGACUGAAAUGCAAAUCAAUUUAUAACCUUUAUAUAACAUUUUUUUCCCCUGAUUUUUUUUAAUAUUCUGUGUCUAUCAGUUAAAAUAAACCCACCAUAAAAAUUAUAGACCCCUCAUUUGUUUGUAAGUAGGCAAACUUACAAAAUCAGCAGGGGAUCAAAUACUUAUUUCCCUCACUGUAACAAACCCAUCAAUCUAACUGAAAGCAGACGAUUAAAAUAAAUGUCCUCACAAUCCACUCCUGUUCGUGUUUACUGCUGACCAGGGCAUGUCGUCACAUGAGGACGGGUU